GAUAACAGUCCAAUCUCUCCCUCCCUCUCUUCUCCAAUGGCCGCAAACCUCAUCAUCACCUUCCUUCUCCUCUUCACUCUCACCACAGCAAAGUCCCCCUCAACACCAUCCUUCAACAUCAUCAACUUCGGGGCAAAACCCGACGGCCAGACCGAUUCCGCCGCCCCGUUUCUCGCCGCCUGGUCCAAAGCCUGCUCUGCUCCAACACCAGCCACCAUCUUUGUCCCGCCCGGCACCUACUUCUUCAGCGGAGCCGAAUUCUCCGGCCCCUGCAAGAAUGCCAAAAUGCAAAUAUUUGCCGAAGGAGCCGACUUCGUCGCGGCCUCCGGCUACGACGGAGCCGGUGAGACGUGGAUUACUUUUCGGGAGGUUGAAGGGCUUUCGAUUUAUGGAGGGACGUUUGACGGCCGGGGGGAGGCUCUGUGGGAUUGUAAGAUGGCCGGCGGGAGUUGUCCCACUGGUGCAACGUCGCUAUCCAUUAUCAACUGCAAUAAAACCCUCCUCUCCGGCAUCACCUCCCUCAACAGCCAACUCUUCCACGUCAGCAUCUACCGGAGCACCGCCGUCACCCUGCGCUCCACCACCAUCUCCGCCCCCGGCAACAGCCCCAACACAGACGGCAUCCACAUCCAACUCUCCUCCUCCGUCAUCGUAGACGGCGCCAUCAUUCGCACCGGCGACGACUGCAUCUCCAUCAAAGACGGCGUAUCAGACGUGGACAUCGCCGGCGUGGACUGUGGGCCCGGCCACGGCAUCAGCAUCGGGAGCUUGGGGCGGGACCCACUGCGGGGCGGCGGCGUGCGGAACGUGACGGUGAGGUCGGUUAUGCUCACCGGGACGCAAAAUGGGGUGAGAAUAAAGACUUGGGCGAAGGAGAAUAACGGCGGGGUUGUGGAAGGGGUGAGAUUUGAGGACGCGGUGAUGAACGGAGUGAGUAAUCCGAUUAUUGUUGAUCAGAAUUAUUGCCCGGAGAAAAAGGGGUGUCCUAAACAGAGCUCUGGGAUAAAGAUACGCGGGGUAUCCUUCAAGAACAUAAGGGGCACAUCGGCGACAAAGGUAGCAGUAAAAUUGGAUUGCAGCGUCAGCAAUCCGUGCAGUGGAAUCGGAUUGGACGACAUAGAUCUGAUCUAUGAGGAUAAGAAAAUGGCGGCGCAGUCAUUUUGUAGGAAUGCAAGGGGAAGUGUCUCCGGCUAUGUUAUUCCUCCAAGCUGCUUAUAGAAGCUUAAAAUACUCCUCAGUUGUUAUAUGGGGCUAGUUUCGUCUCAAAAUUUAUAGAAGUGUCAAAAUAUUCGUCUUUUAGUUUAAAAUUGAGCUCUAAUAAUCAUUCAUAUGAAUUACUAUUUUAACGCUUCUACGAACUUUGGGACUAAAAUGACAAGCAUGCAUAAUUGGAGAAUUUCUUUGACAUUUUAU